GGGACAACGCGGCGGCUGCGCAGACUGGCGCGCGGGUGCUCCUGGGAUGUCAGCAUGGCGGUGUUCGCAGAUUUGGAUCUAAGAGCGGGCUCAGACCUGAAGGCUUUGCGCGGACUCGUGGAGACUGCUGCUCACCUGGGAUACUCGGUUGUUGCCAUCAAUCACAUUGUUGACUUUAAGGAAAAGAAACGGGAAAUUGAAAAGCCAGUAGCAGUUUCUGAACUCUUCACAACUUUACCAAUUGUACAGGGAAAAUCAAGACCAAUUAAAAUUUUAACUAGAUUGACAAUUAUAGUCACAGAUCCAGCUCACUGUAAUGUUUUGAGAGCAACUUCUUCAAGGGUCCGACUGUAUGAUAUUGUUGCAGUGUUUCCGAAGACAGAAAAACUUUUUCAUGUUGCUUGUACACAUUUAGAUGUGGAUUUAGUCUGUAUAACUGUAACAGAGAAAUUACCAUUUUACUUCAAAAGACCCCCUAUUAAUGUGGCAAUUGAGCGAGGCCUGGGCUUUGAACUUGUCUAUGGUCCGGCUAUCAGGGACGCAACGAUGAGAAGGUACACAAUCUCCAAUGCCCUCAAUUUGAUGCAGAUCUGCAAAGGAAAGAAUGUAAUUCUGUCCAGUGCUGCAGAAAGGCCUUUGGAAAUAAGAGGACCAUAUGAUGUGGCAAACUUACCUAUCAGAGGGCUGCUGUUUGGGCUGUCUGAAAAUGAAGGCAAGGCUGCUGUGUCCACAAAUUGCCGAGCUGUAUUUCUUCAUGGAGAAACUAGAAAAACUGCUUUUGGAAUUAUUUCUACAGUGAAGAAACCCCGGUCAUCAGAAGCGGAUGAUGAAUCUCUUCCAGCAUGCAAGAAAGCUAAAUGUGAGGGCUGAAACGGAUCCUGAGUCUCCAUCGCACUGCCCCUCCUCUUCAUAGCUCGGCAGUCACUGCAAAAAGAAAACUCUGCUGAGUUGAUAUUUUCAUUAAACUAGAAACCAACAGUCUAUAAAAACAGCUUUAUAUUCAGACCGUUAAAACAGCAAAUAAAACCCAGCGGAGCAUUUUUUAAAGACUAGCAGUUUAAUUAAUUUAGAUAUACUUUAAGAGAAAAACUAUUUUAUCCUUCAUGUGAGUAAUGAAUAACAGUAGGUACACUGAAAUGAGAUGUCUCAGUAUUGUAAGACAUUGAAACUAAUAAAUUAAUGUUUUUCUACUUGGUA